ACACAACGAGAAAAUUUCUAAGUGUGAUACUUAUGCAAUACAAUAAGUUUGAUUUCAGUCUUAAUUGAUAGUAAAUUUAAAUUGUCCACAAUUAUUUGAAACCGGUAGAGUAGUGCGCAUUGCGCUGUGCCAAAGCGCAUGCGCAGAAGAUCAACGAAUACUAGUGGGAGAGACCGUCCGAGGGAAGCACGUGCUUAGAGAAAAUGCUCGCUGUUCCUGCAGCGGUUCGCCCUACCAGUUGAAAUCGCGCCGCACGCGUUCUCCUAGCCUGAUUCAUCCCGUGUUGGAGUUUGAUCAGUGGCUAUUAGCCAAGGGUAAAGACGCCAGUGAUCUUCAGGGAACUCUCGACGUCAUUGGAUAGUGCUGCAGUGUUGCAGCAAGACUGUGUCAUGGCUCAGGAGCGCAAGCAGCGCGACGCCGACAGCGAGAAUCAGCCGAAAGACACUAAACAACAGGCUGACGAAAUGAAGGAAAACGUCAUUAAGACAGAACAAAAUGGGCAUGCGGAUCCAGAUAGCAAGGAAACAAAAGUUGCUAACGACGUCGAAGAGAAAGAGAAAGACGAAUCCGAGUCAGAGGGUAAAACUAAAGACGAAGUCAUUUUCAUCCAAGAUGUCGGUUUUUCUGUAAAAAUCGUUUGCCCUGGAAUGGAACCAUUUGAUAUUCAAGUGUCUAGUAUGGAAUUAGUACAAGAAAUCCACCAGCUUCUAAUGGAUCGCGAAGACACAUGCCAUCGCACGUGUUUCUCACUACAACUGGACGGCAACACUUUGGACAAUUUCGCGGAGUUGAAAAAUGUGGAAGGUUUAAAGGAAGGAUCAACGAUCAAGGUCGUUGAAGAACCGUACACGAUGCGCGAAGCACGCAUCCAUGUUCGACACGUGCGUGACUUACUCAAGAGUCUUGAUCCGGCCGAUGCGUAUAAUGGCGUCGAAUGCAACUCGCUCAGCUUCCUCAACACAAUCACGCAGGGCGAUAUUCUCGAAAAGAAGAAGAUGCGAGCUGAGAGCGUGGAUUGUACUCCGCCAGAGUACAUCAUGCCUGAUAGCAAGGAGAGGCCGUUGUCGGCACUACAGCCAAUCAACAAGGAACAGAAAGCUCCACAGUGCGUAAAAGUACUGACAACUUCUGCAUGGAAUCCACCGCCAGGCAACCGUAAGAUACAUGGCGAUCUCAUGUAUUUAUACGUUGUUACUCUCGAAGAGAAGCACUAUCAUAUCUCAGCGUGCUCCAGAGGUUUCUAUAUCAACCAGUCAUCGGAUGAAGACUUUAAUCCGAAACCGUCAUCGCCAAGUCAUUUGUGUCAUUCGUUGAUUGAGCUGUUGAGUCAGGUCAGCCCGAUGUUCAAGCGGCACUUUGGCGUUCUCCAAAAGAAGCGUAAUCAACGACAUCCAUUUGAACGUGUUGCUACGCCGUAUCAGUUGUAUGCUUGGACGGCUCCUACUAUGGAACAUACUGUAGAUGCUAUUCGAGCGGAAGAUACUUUCUCAUCGAAACUGGGCUAUGAAGAACACAUCCCGGGUCAAACCCGUGACUGGAACGAAGAACUGCAGACUACGCGCGAACUGCCACGCAAAACACUGCCCGAGCGUUUGCUGCGCGAACGCGCUAUUUUUAAAGUCCACAGCGAUUUUGUGGCCGCUGCAACUAGAGGUGCUAUGGCCGUGAUUGACGGUAACGUGAUGGCCAUUAAUCCCGGUGAGGAAGCUAAGAUGCAGAUGUUUAUCUGGAACAAUAUCUUUUUCUCGCUUGGUUUUGACGUGCGUGAUCAUUAUAAGGAGCUGGGAGGUGAUGCUGCUGCGUUUGUGGCACCGAGAAAUGAUCUGCAAGGUGUCCGAGUGUACAGCGCGGUUGACCUGCCUGGUUUGUAUACUCUGGGCACAGUCGUCAUAGAUUAUCGUGGAUAUCGCGUGACAGCGCAGAGUAUUAUACCGGGUAUUUUGGAGCGUGAGCAGGAACAAUCUGUUGUUUACGGUUCGAUUGAUUUCGGCAAAACGGUUCUCUCGCAUCCGAAAUACUUGGAACUGUUGAAUAAAGCUGGGCAGCAGUUGAGGAUUCUGCCGCAUCAUGUGAAGAAUGAUAAGGAUGAGUCGAUUGAACUAUGUUCGAGUGUGGAGUGCAAGGGUAUUAUCGGUAAUGAUGGACGGCAUUAUAUCCUGGAUUUGUUGAGGACUUUCCCGCCAGAUGUUAACUUUUUAAAACUUGAUGAAGAUCUAAACAAAGAAGUGAAGCUCCUAGGUUUUCCGAUCGAGCACAAACACAAGUUGUGCUGCUUGCGUCAAGAAUUGAUUGACGCUUUUGCCGACUCGCGAUACAUGAUGUUCAUCAAAUACUCCGCCUUCCACCUACAGCAGCUGAAUCAGCGUAAGAAUAACGAAGGGAAUAACAAUAAGUCAAAAGCCCUUACCGAAAAUGGCGAGACAAAGCCAGAGUCAGUUGACAAUAAAGACGCGAAAAAUGAAGUCAACGCCGAAGCACAAAAAGACGCAAAGGAUGAAAAGGCAACUAAACAGAUUGAAGCGGACGAAGCUAAAAAGAUUGUCGAAAGUAUUACAGACAAUAGUGAAGUGGAAGAAAGCACCAAAAACAUUGUCAAGACAGCGUCAAUGGCAGUUGGCUCCUUGAAAGACACCGAGUUUGACAUCCGCUUCAAUCCGGAUGUUUACUCGCCCGGCAUCCGCCACUGCGAUGAUGUUGACCCCCCGCUUGCCAAACAGCGGCAAUUGGUUAAAGAAGCAGCCGAAUUUCUGCUUACAGUGCAGAUUCCGACGUUUAUCCGCGAUUGUUUGGAUCACUCUUCCGCCCCCAUGGAUGGCGCCACACUUUCCGAAACUUUACAUAAUCGCGGAAUCAACAUUCGUUAUCUUGGUAAAGUAUGCAAUUUACUGUCGAAGGUGAAGCAACUCGAAUAUCUACACAGCAUUGCCGUGAACGAAAUUAUUAUGCGCUCUGUGAAGCAUCUUUUCACAACUUUCUUGCAAGGCGCCGAAAUGAUGAACCUUUCAGUGGCGAUCGCACAUUUUCUCAACUGUCUCUUAUAUUCGGGUGCACUUGCCAAUCCUCUUCAAGGCAGCGUAGACGAAUUUCAAUCGAAGAAUAACAAAAAACGCAACAAGCGCAAAGGCCGCAACAAUCCGCUACAGUGUGUUGAUAGUAAUGAAUGGGCUAUGAUGACACAGAAAUCGCUGUGGAUUUCGCUCAAACAAGAACUCAAAGCCUACUUUGAUUAUGACCUUACAUCACAUGAUAUUGAAAGCACACUUGAAGUAUACACCCUGCAAAAAGCUUCAAUGUUGCGCUCAUUCUGCCUUAAAACAGGUGUGCAAAUCUUGUUGAGAGACUACAACUUCGAAUCGAAUAAGCAGAUUUUCUAUGAGGAAGAUAUUGUCAACAUUUUCCCAAUUGUUAAGCAUAUUAAUCCCAGAGCAACUGACGCGUUUAAUUUUUACACCACGGGUCAGAAUAAGAUUCAAGCAGGUUAUCUCAAGGAUGGUUACGAGUUGAUUAAUGAGGCGUUGAAUUUGUUAAACAAUGUUUACGGCGCGAUGCACCCUGAGAUCUCGCAGUGUUUGCGUAUGAUUGCCAGACUGAAUUAUAUCAUGGGUGAUCACGCCGAGGCGAUGGCCUAUCAACAGAAAGCCGUGUUAAUGUCUGAGCGUGUUAAUGGCAUUGAUCAUCCGUACACUAUAACUGAGUAUUUGCAUCUGGCUUUAUACUGUUUUGCUAACAGUCAAGUCAGUACUGCGUUAAAACUCCUGUAUCGUGCUAGGUAUUUAGCACUGAUUGUCGCAGGUGAAAAUCAUCCGGAAGUGGCACUUUUGGAUAGCAAUAUCAGUUUGAUCUUGCACGCUGUGGGCGAGUAUGAAUUGUCGCUAAGAUUCUUGGAGAAGGCGCUAGCUUUGAAUAUUAAAUAUUUUGGUGCCAAGUCUCUGAAAGUUGCGGUGAGUUACCAUCUAGUAGCACGGACACAGAGCUGCAUGGGCAACUUUAGAACGGCGUUGAUUAAUGAAAAGGAAGCUUAUGCUAUCUACAAGCAACAGUUGGGUGAUUCGCAUGAAAAGACUAAGGAAUCAUCCGAAUGCCUCAAACAUCUCACGCACCAAGCUGUCGUCUUGCAGAAGAAGAUGAACGAGAUUUAUACUGGAAAGAAUGGUGCAUCGCUUCCUCCAAUUCAAAUUCAGCCGCCAUCGAUGGGCUCAGUUCUGGAUAUGUUGAAUGUCAUCAAUGGAAUUCUCUUCGUUCAGAUCAGCCAAGAAGAUAUCGAAAACUUUAAGAAGGAAUUUGAAAAGCAGCAAAACGAAGAGACUCCUGAAUCAGAUGCAACCGCUGCGCCGACUACAUUACCCAUCACACCAGCAAUUCCUACACCCCAGGAGGUGGCGGCCGCCGAAUGAUGGCGUUCUCUACAAUUACUGCAGUCCAGACCAAUUCAUCCCCUUAAGCUUGGAUUAUUCUCAAAGUGACGUGGCAUUCACCCUCAUUUCUUCCCUUUAUAGCAUGUAGACUUGAGUUUCGAUAGUUUGAUAGUUUUUCGACAUGACGCAACAAAAUGUGUAUCUUCUUAUCGUUAGUAAGUUUCGUAGUAGUGGAAAUAUUUAGUGAGAGAAUCUACUUCUUUUUUUAUAUAAGACUCGUUCUCGUAUAUCUCACAUGCGAAUAUCAUGUACAAAGAGGACGCUACAACGUGAGAUCAAUUUACAUUUACAUAUGUGUAAAACACGCAAUAACUAAUGUACAAAGUCACACACUAGUCAUGACGAGUCCCCAAAAAUUAACAACACGUGUAAUGUGUACUUCUAAUCGACUCUAAGUCAUUGAACAAAGCGGCACUUUUUAAGUUGAGCGUUACCAAGAGAAUUAAAGUGAGUGCCAUUUUUUUCAACUUGAACAUUGCCAAAAAACAUACGUCAAAGAAUACAUGCGCGACUAUGCGGAACAAUUAACAACACUACCAUGAAUCGAUUGUUUUGUUAAUGUUAAUUGAUCGUGAAUCGGAUGUUUCAUUAAUUAGCCGAUUCGAUUGUUAUUGUUGAUCAAUGCGGGCGCGCUGAACGCAAGCGUGGUGCGUUGUGUGUGUAAAUUGGUGCGAGGGCAAGCAGCAAACGUAAAAAGAAGUUGUAGAUUAUGCAUAUAAGUAAUUCAAUAAAGGUGCGCCGUGUUUUCAGGUGCAAUUUUCUAAAAA